AUGACCCUAUCAUCCUCAUCCACACACGACAAUCCCCCUCCCCUUACCUCCCCCUCAACCUCCAUAACAGCCGCUGUACCGUCCUGGCUUCCGCAGCACAAGCCCGCAAAGCAGAGAAUGGCCCUCUCACUAAAGAACCUCAUGGGCUCCGUGCUCGGCGGAGGAUCUGCAAAGCAGGACACCAAGCCCUCGUCUUCGGAGCUGUUCGCCAAGACGGAUCCAAAAGUAGACGGCGAGGAAUGCCUACACGACUGUGAAAACUGCUCCGUGAGGUAUCCCCGAGGCUUCAAGAUUGAGGAGGAGGAUGUGCUGUAUGGACUUGUUGAGCCUUGGAGUACGCACCUCCUUGUUGGAACAGGCAAGACGGACUGGGUGAGGGAUGUGGCGGAUGAAAAGGGGAGUGUAAUGGAGGCUUUUUCUAAGGCCGCCGAGCCUGCGAAUGGGAAACUCAAGCUUUCGGCAUCCAAUAUGCCGACGCCUCAUGACACAGAUGACUAUUCUGAGCCCACAACUCUUUUACUACUGCCAGCCUUCAAGCUUCUUAACAAUGUCCACCCUCUCAGUGUGCCUCAGAUUGUCACCGAAGUUAUCAACCGGGCACCGACCAGCACUUCUCCCCUUCACCCCACGCCGCUCCCGGCCUCUCUUCCGUCUCCCGACCCGGCCGCCGGGAUACCGGAUGUGUCUCUGAAGGACUGCCCUCACAACGCUGUGAUUCUUAUGUGCAGUCACCGAACACGCGAUGUGCGUUGUGCACAGAGUGCGCCGAUUCUGAGGAAAGAGUUUGAGCGCCAGCUAAGGCCGUUGGGUCUGUAUCGAGACUUGCAUGAUGAGAGGCCUGGCGGUGUUGGUAUCUACUACAUCAGCCAUGUGGGAGGACACAAGUACUCUGCCAACGUCAUGAUCUACCGACGGCCGAAUGCGUUUGGUCUGGAUGAUCCGGUUCCUGCGCAGCAGAAUGGCACAAAUGGCGUUGAGAAGAACGGCAAUGGUACGAACGGUCCAGCAGAGGAGAGUGUGGGCGCAUCGCAGGGCAUCUGGUUGGCACGCGUCAUGCCUGAAGACUGUGAGAACUUGAUCCGAUAUACAGUCUUGAGAGGCAAGGUGGUCAAGCCUGAGCGUCAGCUACGAGGUGGAUUUGAUCGUGGCCGAGGCGUCAUGAGUUGGUGA